CGCGAGGCUUGGCGGUCGUUGCUUGGCUUGGCGGUGCUCGCUUGGCUUGGCGUGGCAGUGAUCGCUUGGCUUGGCAUUUCUGGCUUGGCGGUGCUCCUUUCACAGAUUGGAAACCGCGAGCUUUCCUGCUGGGAGGUUGUGGCCGAGGCAGUAGCUCUCUACUGAUGACCUCCAGGGGUGGAGAAAAGCGGGGAGGGUCUGAGGGGUCUCCGAAACCGACAGUCUCCGCCAUGAGGAAGACCCCUAGCGUCGGGAGCGUCCGGAGCCAGGAGGACCAGUUGUCCUUAAGCUACCGGGGGGACCGGUGGUCCUCAGACUCCAGCUGGUUAAGCGACAGCGCGGGCAGCGACAGCGAGCACGUUGAGGGCGCCUUAGACCAGCCCCAGCACGACGUCCGCCUGGAAGAUCUCUGCGAGCUCCACAGAGCUGCCCGGUCAGGCGACGUCCCCGGGGUGGAGCGCGUCCUGGCUCCUGGAGACCCUGGCGUGAACAAGAGGGAUAGGAAAGAGAGCCUUCGGCACCUAAUUCCUAAAUGUAAGAUGGAACAGUCACCUGAAAGUCUUCCUCUGAAUAACAAUCCAGAUUGGCAUCCUACUAAUUUGACCGUUAGUGAUAAGACUUGUCAGAAAUCCAAGAUUCUGAACGUUGAUGAUCAGUGUCCAUCUGUAUCACCAUCAAUGCCUGAAAAUCAGUCAGCAACCAAAGAAUUGGGACAGAUGAACUUAACAGAACAAGAAAAGAUGAACGUCUCGGGGAAUGAUAGUCUCCAUGACCUGUGCCAAUCACAGCUACCAGAAAACAAAGAGAGCAAAGAAGCAGAACAAGACUUGGAGCUGACAUCAGAGGAAGAGCAAGAAAGACUUAAAGGACAUGAAAAUAAGCAGCCACAGAAAAUGUCUCAAGAACCGGAAAUGGCUAAGGAUUCUGAUAGAGAGGAUAUACCUGUAUAUUCAAUACUUCCUCAUGCACAAAAGUCUGAGGAAAUGUGGAUCGAACAAGAUAAAUUAGAGUGGAAAAACAAAUUAAAACUUGUCACAAAUGAGUUAAAGCAGAGGUUUGGUGAAAUUCGUGAAACAUACAAAAUUCCGGUUUGUCCUGAGGAAGAGCCACUACUUGAUAACUCUAUGAGAAAAACAAAUGUAAAAGACAUUCCCUUUAAUUUGACAAAUAAUAUACCUGGUUGUGUGGAAGAAGAUGCAUCUGAAGUGUCUGUCUCAGUGGUAUUCGAGACGUUUCCUGAACAAAAUGAACCCAGUCUCAAAAGUAUCAUCCAUCCAUACUCUCAUCCAUACUCUGGGUCCCUGGAACAUGCUUGCCAGUCAUCUUCUAAGCUUCAUUUACAUGAAAAUAAAUUAGACUAUGACAGUGAUAACAAACCAGGCAUUGAACAUAUUUUUAGUAUGGAUGAAAACUUUAGUAAUGAUGCAGGCAUUAAGAAAGCAAGGAACCCAGAAGAGGUUACAGUUGAAAUGAAAGAAGGCCAAGAGUUUGAUUUGCAAAUGACAAAAAACAUGAACCAAAAUAGUGACAGUUGCAGUACAAAUAACUAUAAAAGUCUGAAACCUAAAUUAGAAAAUCUGAGUUCUUUACCACCAGAUUCUGACAGAACAUCAGAAGUAUAUCUACAUGAAGAAUUACAGCAAGACAUGCAAAAGCCUAAGACUGAGGUUGACAGGGUGGAAGAAAUGUUCCUGGCUUUGAAGAAAGAAAACGUUCAGCUUCAGAAAGAGGUUGAAGAAGAAGUGGAGAAGCACAGAAGUAAUAGCACAGAAUUAUCAGGAAACCCAGCUCAUGGUGCUGCUGCUGGCAAUAAUGAUGAUGGACUAAAUCAGCAGUUUCCUAGGAAGAAGAAGAAAGGGCAUGACAGGCCUGCAGAUAAAACAUCUAAUGAAAAGAACAAGGUCAAAAACCAAGUACAUCCUGAGGCUGACUUUGCUGACUCAGUGGGGCCAUCUGAAAUGGCCUCAGAGGAUUGUGAGUUAUCUCACUCUACUUAUGAGAAUUUUUUGUUGCUGAUUGAACAACUUGGAAUGGAGUGUAAAGAUUCUGUUAGCCUAUCAAGAAUCCAAGACACAUUUUGUUUCUAUGAGCACUUACUGAAACUUAAGAAUAAUGACUAUGAACAACUUACAGUAAAAAUUAAACAAACAGAAAAUACAGUCAGUGUACUACAAAAGGAGCUACCUGAAACAAAAAAGACAGAAUUACAGUUAGAGCUUCAAAAAAUUGAAUUGGAGAAACAGCUGUACAGUUUGAGACUUGCCUUAAAACAAGAAAAAGAGGAGAAAGGAAAUGCUGUCAUGUUAUAUAAUAAAUAUAGUGAACAGUUAAGACUAAAAGAAGAGGAAUGUGGGAAAGAGGUUGAAACGAAGCAACGACUUAAAUGGACACUGAGAAGACUCGUUAAGGAGUUGAAGACAGUAAGAAACAGCUUGGAUCUGGUUGUGCAGGAGCGAAACGAUGUCCAGAAGCAACUUUCUGAAGAACAGAAUGCCAGAAUAUUACAAGAUCAGAUUCUGACGAGUAAACAAAAGGAGCUAGAAAUUGCUCAAAAGAAAAUGAAUUCUGAGAUUUCUCAUAGGCAUAAAAAAGAAAAGGAUCUCUUGCAUGAAAAUUGCAUGUUGCAGGAAGAAAUUGCCUUGCUGAGACUGGAAAUAGAUACAGUAAAUAAUCAGAACCAGCAAAAGGAAAAGAAAUAUUUUGAAGACAUUGAGGUUGUGAAAGAAAAGAAUGAUAACCUUCAAAAAAUUAUAAAACUAAAUGAGGAAAAAUUAACAGAAACAAUACUGCAGUACAGUGGACAGCUGAACGAUCUGACAGCUGAGAAUAAAAUACUCAAUUCUGAACUGGAAAAUGAGAAACAGAACCAAGAAAGACUGGAAAUAGAAAUGGAAUCGUAUCGUUGUAGACUGGCUGCUGCUCUACAUGAUUGUGAUCAAAGUCAGACAUCAAGAGUCCCAAAACUUGAUUUCCAGAGAACAAGACAAGAGUGGAUUCAUUUACAGGACAAAAGAAAGGUUGAUAUGUCUGACCUACAAGCUAAGACUGAGAUUCUUUCUGAAAAACUUUCUAAUGCUGAAAGUAAAAUCAGCAGCCUACAAAUUCAGCUCCAUAACACAAGAGAUGCUGUUGAAAGAAAGAGUUUGAUUUUGGAACGUUUGCAAAGAGACCUCAGCCAAACACACUGUGAGAAGAAAGAAAUUGAACAAAUGUACCAAACUGAACAACGCAAACUGAAGAAAUACAUUGCCAAGCAGGAAUCUGUAGAGGAGAGAUUAUCUCAACUACAAAGGGAAAAUACAUUGCUUCCACAGCAACUUGAUGAUGCUCACAAGAAAGCUAACAGUCAAGAAAAGACAAUCAGUACUAUCCAAGACCAAUUUCAUGCUUUUGCCAAAAAUCUUCAAGCUGAGAGUGAAAAGAAGAUUCUUUCACUACAAGAGAAGAACAAGGAGUUGAUGGAUGAAUAUAAUCAUUUACAAGAAAGAAUGCAUCAAUGUGAGAAAGAGAAAGCACGAAGAAAAGUUGACCUUAUAGAAGCACAGGAAACUGCACCUUCACGAUGUCUACAUCUGGAUGCAGAGAAUGAAGUUCUUCAACUUCAACAGACAUUAUUCUCUAUGAAAGCAAUACAAAAGCAAUGUGAAACACUACAGAAGAAUAAGAAGCAGCUGAAACGAGAAGUAGUAAACCUCAAAAGUUAUAUGGAGAGAAAUAUGUUAGAAUGUGUUGAAGCUGAACAGCAUAAACUGUUGAUUAAAGAAAAAGCAAAGAAAGAGAUAGCAGAAAAAUUAAACGAAGCCAUUCUCACCUUGCAGAAACAAGCAGCAGUAUCUCAAGAACAGUUAGCACAGUUAAGGGAGGAUAAUACUACUUCAGUAAAAACUCAGAUGGAACUCACAAUCAAAAAUCUGGAAUCUGAAAUCUCCAGAAUAAACACUUCGUCAGCCGACUUUAAUAAAACCGAAUUGGAAAGAUAUAAGGAACUCUACCUAGAAGAAGUAAAAGUUAGAGAAUCCUUGUCAAAUGAACUGAAUAGAACUAAUGAGAAGAUAGCAGAGGUCAGUGCGCAACUUACUGUGGAGAAAGAGCUAACCAGAUCUCCAUUCGCUGCUUGUAGUACAAGGCCCAUCCUAGAGCCACCUUGUGCUGGAAAUCUUAAUGAUAGUGAAGAUCUCAACAGAAAACAUAUUCCAAGAAAAAAGAAGUCUGCUCCUGAGAGCAUGGAGAGCUACUUGUUGAAGAUGCAGCAGAAGUUGCAAAAUGAUAUAACUACAGAAGUAACAGCUGCUACUAAAUGUGAACCUGAACCAUAUGUAGCUUCUCCUCCAGAAUCUGCAUACCAGAAAAAUCUGAAUCAAGAUCCAGUGUUGGAAGCAACAAAAGAAUAUGUACAGAUUUUAAGCAGAAAAUACAUGAUCUGAAAGAUAAGGCAAUUUUAUUUCUGGGCUGUUGACAUGAUAUUUUGUUUCCCAUUAAGUAUAUGAUGUGAACAUUUUUACUAAAGGGAAAUAUUCUGUAUUGUACAUGUCUGAUGAAAAUUUAUAUAGUAUUUUAAAUAAUGUUUCUUGGCCUCUUCAGCUAACUUUUAAGUGAUUUUGCAAAUGAAAACCACUAUUAUUGAGUUUUACUUACUCAAACCACCCAAAUGUUAGCUGUUUUAAACAGCCAAAUAAUCAAGUUGCCAUUAACAAUUUAGUGGAGUCAACUGAUGGCUUAUUUGUAUUUUAUAAUUUUUAUCUUUAUAUAUAGUGAUAGAUUUAAGUUUAAGAUAGACAUUAUUUUGGUAUACUGGUACUGUGGUCAUAGUCAAUGUUUGGAUGUAUUGCAAUUGUUAUAGUGCAAUAAAACUUAGAUAAUUUUAAUUUUAAGCACUGAUUUAUAUAGAUCUUUUCCUGUGGAAAAAUAAGGUUUGCCUAAGCCUUUUCAUUUUUUCUAUUUAUUGUUUCAUUUCUUUAUUUGAUUAACUUUUGGGAAACAGUCUUAAAAUUGCAGAAAAUUUCCACAUUUUAAGAAAAAUAACUUUCCCCCUGUGGGCCAUUUGAGAGUAAAUUGCUCACAUUAUGCCAUCACAUCUGAUAUCUUUAGUGGGCAUUCCCACAAGUCAGGACAUUUUACAUAACUACUUCAUAACCAGAAAGUUAACAUCAAUACAUUUGAUCAUUUAAUUCUCAUUUCCUUUUCAAGUUUUGUUAAUUAUCUAUAAUGUUCUUUGCCGCAAAAAGAUCCCAUUCAGGUCCAUGAAUUGCAUUUAGUUGUCAUGACUCUUUCAGUCUGAAACAGUUCCUCAGUUUUUCUUUGACCUUUAUGACCUUAAAUCUUUUGAAGAAUAAAGUCCAAUAAUACAGAAUGUUCCUCCAUUGGAUUUCUCUGAAUUUUUUUAUGAUAAGAUUUAGAUGAUAAUUUUUUUGGGCAAGAGUAUCACAGAAGUUAUCCCAUGAUCUUCUUACUGCAUUCUAUCAGGUGACCUGCAAUUACUAUUAUUUUUUAUUUCCAUCUUUUAUUUUAAGUUCAGGGGUGCACAUGCAGGAUGUGCAGGUUUGUUACAUAGGUAAAUAUGUGCCAUGGUGGUUUGCUGUACAGACCAUCCCAUCACCUAGAUAUUAAUAAUAGUCCAGCAUCCAUUAGCUAUUCUUCAUGAUGCUCUCCCUUCUCUCACCCGCCACCCUACCACAAGCCCCUGUGUGUGUUGUUCCCCGCCAUGUGUCCAUGUGUUCUCAUUAUUCAGCUCCCACUUAUAAGUGAGAGCAUGCAGUAUUUCAUUUUCUAUUUCUGCGCUGAUUUACUGAGGAUAAUGUUCUGCAGCUCCAUCCAUGUCCUGGCAAAGGACAUGUCUCAUUCCUUUUCAUGGCUGCAUAGUAUUCCAUGGUGUAUAUGUACUGCAUUUUCUUUAUCUAGUCUAUCAUUGAUGGGCAUUUACGUUGAUUCCUUGUCUUUGCUAUUGUGAAUAGUGCUGCAAUGAACAUACGUGUGCAUGUAUCUUUAUCCUAGAAUUAUUUAUAUUCCUUUGGGUAUAUACUAAGUAAUGGGAUUGCUAGGUUAAAUGGUAUUUCAGGUUCUAGGUCUUUGAGGAAUCACCAUACCGUCUUCCACACUGGUUGAACUAAUUUACACUUCCACCAACAGUGUAAAAGCAUUCUUGUUUCUCCAUAAUCUUGCCAGCAUCUUUUUAUUUUUUUGAAUUAUAGUCAUUCUGACUGUUGUGAGAUGGUGUCUCAUGUGGUUUUGAUUUGCAUUUCUCUGAUGAUCAGUUAUGUUGAGGUUUUUCUGUUUGUUGGUUGCAUGUAUGCCUUCUUUUGAGAAGUGUCUGUUUGUGUCCUUUGACCACUUUCUAAUGGGGUUGAGUUUGUAUUUUUUUUCUUGUAAAUUUGUUUAAGUUCCUUGUAGAUGCUGGAUAUUAGACCUUUGUCAGAUGGAUAGAGUGCAAAAAUUUUCUCCCAUUCUGUAGGUUGUCUGUUUACUCUGUUGAUAGGUUCUUAUGCUGUGCAGAAGCUGUUUAGUUUAAUUAAAUCCCAUUUGUCAAUUUUAGCUUUUGUUGCAAUUGCUUUUGGCAUCUUCAUCAUGAAGUCUUUGCCCUUGCCUGUGUCCUGAAUGGCAUUGCCUAGGUUUUCUUCCAGGAUUUUUAUAGUUUGGGGUUGUAGAUUUAAGUCUUUAAUCCAUCUUGAGUUAACUUUUGUAUAUGGUUUAAGGAAGGGGUCCAGUUUCAAUUUUCUGCAUAUGGCUAGCCAGUUCUCCCAGCACCAUUUAUUGCUUGCUUUUGUCAAGUUUGUCAAAGAGUAAAAGAUCACAUGGUUGUAGGUGUGUCGUCUUAUUUCUGGGUUCUGUAUUGUUCCAUUGGUCUAUGUGUUGGUUUUAUACCAGCACCAUGCUGUUUUAGUUACUGUAGUCUUGCAGUAUAGCUUGAAGCUGGGUAGUGUGAUGCCUCUAGCUUUGUUCUUCUUGCUUAGGAUUGUCUUGGCUAUUUGGUCUCUUUUUUUUGGUUCCAUAUGAGUUUUAAAAUAGCUUUUUCUAGGUCUGUGAAGAGUGUCAAUAGUAGUUUAAUGGGCCUGGCAUUUAAUUUACAAAUUGCCUUGGGCAGUGUGGUCAUUUUCACGAUAUUGAUCCUUUCUGUCUGUGAGCAUAUACGUUUUUCCACUUCUUUGUGUCUUCUCUGAUUUCUUUGAAUAAUGGUUUGUAGUUAUCCUUGAAAAGGUCGUUCACUUUUCUUUUAACUGUAUUCCUAGGUAUUUUACUCUUCUUGUAGCAAUUGUGAAUGGGAGUUAAUUCAAGAUUUUGUUCUCAGCUUGCCUGUUUUUGGUGUAUAGGAAUGCUAGUGAUUUUUGUACGUUGCUUUUGUAUCCUGAGACUUUGAUGAAGUUGCUUAUCAGCUUAAGAGUUUUUGAGCUGAGAUGAUGGAGUUUUCUAGAUAUAUGAUCAUGUCAUCUGCAAACAAAGAUAGUUUGACUUCCUGUCUUCCUAUUUGAAUAACUUUUCUUUCUUUCUCUUGCCUGAUUGCCCUGGUGAGAAUUUCUAAUACUACAUUGAAUAGGAGUGGUGAGAGAGGGCAUCUUUGUCUUCUGUCAGUUUUCCAAGGGAACGCUUUCAGGUUUUCAGGUAUUCAGGCAACAAAUAACAUGAUGAAUAGAAUAGUACCUCACAUCUCAAUGCUUAUGUUGAACAUAAAUGGCCUAAAUGCUCUACUUAAAAGAUACAGAAUGGCAUAAUGGGUAAGCAUUCACCAACCAAGUUGCUGCUGUCUUCAGGAGAUUCCCCUAACACAUAAGAACUCACAUAAACUUAAGGCAAAGGGAUGGAAAAUGACACUUCAUCCAAAUGGACACCAAAGCUGAGUAGAAGUAGCUAUUCUUAGAUCAGACAAAACAGACCUAAAGGCCACAGCAGUUUAAAAAGACAAAGAGGGACAUUAUAUAAUGAUAAAAGGACUAGUUCAACAGGAAAAUAUCACAGUCCUAAAUAUAUAUGCACCUAACACUAGAGAUCCCAAAUUCAUAAAACAAUUACUACUAGACCUAAGAAAUGAGGUAGUCAGCAACACAACAAUGGUGGGGGAUGUUAAUACUCCUCUGGCAGCACUAGACAGGUCACCAAGACAGAAAGUCAACAAAGAAACAACGGACUUAAACUAUACCCUAGAACAAAUGGACUUAACAGAUAUUUACAGAACAUUCUACCCAACAAGCAUAGAAUAUACAUUGUAUUCAUCAGAACAUGGAACAUUCUCCAAAAUAGACCACAUGAUAGGGCACAAAAUAAGUCUCAGUAAAUUUAAGAAAAUCAAAAUUAUGUCAAGUACUCUCUCAGAUCACAGUGGAAUAAAAUUGGAAAUUAACUCCAAAAAGAACACUCAAAAGCAUGCAUAUACAUGGUAAUUAAAUAACCUGCUCCUGAAUGAUUGUUGGGUCAACAAUGAAAUCAAGAGGGAAAUUCAAAAAUUCUUUGAACUGAAUGAUAAUAGUGACACAACCUAUCAAAAACUCUGGGAUACAGCAAAAGUGGAGCUAAGAGGAAAAUUCAUAGCAUUAAAUGCCUACAUCAGAAAGUCUGGAAGAGCACAAAUAAAUAAUCUGAGGUCACACCUCACAGAACUGGAGAAACUAGAACAAUCCAAAUCCAAACCCAGCAGAAGAAAAGAAAUAACAAAUACCAGAACAGAACUAAAUGAAA